AGAAUGAGUGCACCUUAUAUGUUUGGUCAAUAUGCCAUUAGAAAUACAGAGAUCUUCAUGGAGUCUGCAUUGUCAUUCGCGCUCGUCAAUCUGAAACCUGUAUUACCAGGACAUGUACUGAUAUGCCCAAAGAGAGUUGUAAAGAGAUUCUAUGAUAUGACACCAGAGGAGAUUACAGAUUUGUGGCAGACUGCUAGCAAGGUGUCACGUGUCAUUGAGAAACACUUUGAUGGUGAUGGUCUGACUUUCGCCAUUCAAGACGGUAAGAAUGCCGGACAGACCGUCGAACACGUACACAUUCACAUCAUACCAAGAAAGAGACAAGACUAUGAGAACAGUGAUCAAAUAUAUACAGAGGUAUGU